CCUCUGGAGGACAUCAGCUGCAUUUCAUGGAACAGACAGGUCCAGCACAUCUUGGCCUCCGCUAGCCCCGGCGGCCGGGCAUCAGUGUUCGACCUCCGAAAGAACGACCUCAUCAUCAAAGUCAGCGACCACAGCAACAGAAUGCACUGCUCUGGGUUGGCCUGGAACCCCGAUGUGGCCACACAGUUGGUCCUGGCCUCGGAGGACGACCGGCUGCCAGUCAUCCAGAUGUGGGACUUGCGUUUUGCUACCUCUCCUCUGAAGGUUUUGGAGCACCACGCACG